AUGCCUGUUGCUUUCACCGUCGCGCAGCAUCCUGCAGUGGAGUUCAAGCGUCAGGCUGCGGAAGAUGCAGACAGCCUUUUAAAAGGCGUAGGCAGAAGCCACACCAACAAGGCUUGUCGCAUCAUUCAAAUCGCCUUCUCUGCGCCUCUAUCGGGCGAAGAGGCCGUGUCGCCUAGCCCAAAUGGUUUCCUCUGGGCCAGCGUGUUUGCCUAUAGCAAUCAUCACCAUCUCGUUCUUCGACCAGAGGAUGUAUGGUUCGCCAUCCUCUCUCAGCUAAGCUUCUACAUCGAUGCUCAUGCCGAGGAGCUCAGGUCAUUCUUUGUUGAGCAUGAGGGUCAGGAUAAGAUCUUGUUUGAGGGCCCUGGCCCUGUUUUCGAGUUCGACUUCGCCAUCGUUUCCCAAGCUCUCGGUGCGAUGAUGGCGAAGAAGAUGAAGGACACCGCGCUGUAUGACUGGAGUGUCGCGUCAGUUCUGUUCAUGGGUGCCAUGCAAAAGUACUUUUCCUUCGAAUGCUGCACCAUGUGUGGCCUCCCCUCGGUAACUCUGCUAGGCGACGUCGAGGAUUGGAAGGAUAUUCUGAGCAGGUUGGACAGGCUUCCACAGCUAGGAGAGGAGCCUACGCAAUUUGCAGAGAUGCUUACGCCGAUUCUUGAGUACUUUGUACUGUCCUUUGAACAGCCCCAAAGUAGCCAGGUACAAAGCUUCUGGGAAAAUAUUGUCCAUGAGGAUAAUAUGAGUGGCGGCCCGUAUUAUUCUGGUUGGAUUUGUGCCUCUGCGUAUUGGAAUGAGCAGGGGAAGGCAUCUUACCGACGACAGAUCAAUGCUAGUCUGCGAGGAGUCAGCUAUCCGUACAUCAACUCCUCAGACAUCCCUCUCGGAUUCGCUUCCGUCCCUGUAAAACUUCAUACCGAGCCUGAGCUAACCGAGUGCACCAUGGUUGCUGGUUCCAUGAGUAUUCGGGCAAGGUCUACACAUCAAACAGGGGAUACUGUUCAGCCAGUGUCAGGGUGGAUGAUGUACGAGGAUUGCGAACUCCCAGCGCAUGAGGUAGAGAGAGGACCUCGAGAGGCGCGAGAGAGUCGCAAAAGAAGGGAUGCAAAAAAUGAUGGAUGA